UCCUCCUUCUCCUCCUCCUCCUGCUGUCCGUCUCUCCCAGACUGAAAUCCCUCUGAGCGACUCUCAAACUUCAGUGUCGAGGCUAAAAGCGGAGGACGAGGAGCCGGAGCUUACAAACAGAGUCACCGCUAACCAGCCACUCGGAACCGCAAGAAACCACACAGAGAGAGACUUUAAUAUCACAGCUUUGGUUGCUUUGAGGAUUUACGCACCGCUCUCUGGGUUAUUUUUUUUUAUUUUAUUUUAUUUUUUAUUUGUUUUAUUAUUUUAAAGCGUUUCCUUUAAAAGCUUCGAUUUCUUAUAUCGAAGUUUCGGCUGUCACGUUUUAGUCACGGACCUUUUUCUCGGCUCCUUGUGGGAUUAAUCGUUUUAAUUGAAGACUGAAUCAUUUAACAGCGAGCUGUUUGCGCGUGCAGCUGUUUUUCGGAGCUUUUCCACGAGGAGCGGUGACUGUUCGGACCAAAUUACGACCUGCCCUCGACAUGGGGAUAUAGCGGGGGUCUCCGACCGCGUGUGUUUUAUUUUAUUUUUAAAUUAUUUUCUUUUAUUAUUAUUUUUAACUUUUUCAUGUUUUUUUAAGGGACGGGGCUCAGUUAUUGGUUAAAUAAUGAGUAUGGACAGUUGUCCCUUGCAGGUGGGGAUUUUCUUGUGGUGUCUGCUAGUGAUUUCUGGCUCCAGCUUUGAGAUAGGUUCCUAUGACCUGGAGCGAGGUAGACCGCCCAAGUGUGAGCCCAUCGUGAUCCCCAUGUGCGAUGGGAUCGGCUACAAUCUGACCCGGAUGCCCAACUUCAUGGACCAUGACGACCAAAGGGAGGCUGCCAUCAAGCUGCAGGAGUUUGCCCCUCUGGUGGCCUACGGCUGUGAUGUGCACCUCCGAUUCUUCCUUUGUUCCCUCUAUGCCCCCAUGUGCACGGACAAAGUGUCGGCCUCCAUCCCCGCAUGCAGACCCAUGUGCGAGCAAGCCAGGGAGAGGUGUGCCCCGAUCAUGAAGAAGUUUAGCUACACCUGGCCCGACUCAUUGGAUUGCUCCAAGUUGCCCACUAGAAAUGACCCCAACGCUCUGUGCAUGGAGGCCCCUGAGAACGAAACCAGGACAGAGGGAAAGAAAGGAGAGGGGAUGCUUCCGGUGCCCCCUCGCCCCAGGCAACCGGGACCCAGUGGCCGAUUGCCAGGCAGCAUAGGCUCCUGUGAGAACCCAGACAAGUUCCAGUUUGUGGAGAAGAGCCAGUCAUGUGCUCCACGCUGCUCCCCUGCUGUGGACGUCUUCUGGUCCAGGCAGGACAAAGACUUUGCUUUCAUUUGGAUGACUGUGUGGUCCAUCCUGUGUUUUGUCUCCACUGCUUUCACAGUCCUGACCUUCCUCCUGGAGCCUCACCGCUUCCAAUAUCCUGAGCGCCCCAUUAUUUUCCUCUCCAUGUGCUACAACGUCUACUCUGUGGCCUUCAUCAUCCGCUCAGUGGCAGGGGCUGAGAACAUUGCCUGCGACCGUGAGCAUGGCGAGCUGUACAUAAUCCAAGAGGGGCUGGAGUCCACUGGCUGCACCAUAGUCUUCCUCAUCCUCUACUACUUCGGCAUGGCUUCUUCUAUUUGGUGGGUCAUUCUCACCCUCACCUGGUUCCUGGCUGCAGGGAAGAAGUGGGGCCAUGAAGCUAUUGAAGCCCACAGCAACUACUUCCACAUGGCUGCUUGGGGUAUCCCUGCUCUUAAGACAAUCAUCAUACUCACAAUGAGGAAGGUGGCUGGAGAUGAGCUGACAGGGCUGUGUUAUGUAGGAAGCAUGGACUCAGGGGCGCUCACAGGUUUUGUUCUCAUCCCUUUGUCCUGCUACCUGAUCAUCGGCACAUCCUUCAUCCUCACAGGCUUUGUGGCUCUUUUCCACAUUCGGAAAGUGAUGAAGACGGAGGGCACCAACACUGAGAAGCUGGAGAAGCUCAUGGUGAAAAUCGGCAUCUACUCCAUCCUGUACACCGUGCCGGCCACCUGCGUUAUAGUCUGCUACUUCUAUGAGAGACUUAACAUGGACUACUGGAAGCUGAGGGGGCUGCAGAUGAAGUGUGGCUCUUUUAACGGCCACACCAACAACUGCUCGCUGCAGACAUCAGUGCCCACAGUGGCCGUCUUCAUGCUAAAGAUCUUUAUGUCACUGGUUGUGGGCAUAACCAGCGGGGUAUGGGUGUGGAGCUCCAAGACCCUGCAAACCUGGCAGGGCCUGUGCAGCAGGAAGAUGGCAGACAGGACUAGCAGGAAACCCUGCAGCGGCGUCAGCUGCAGCAGCACACAAUGCCACUACAAAUCUCCUGCUGUGGUUCUGCACAUGGCCAAGACUGACCUGCACUCAGACAACCCCACACACGUCUGACUGGGUGCACACACACUUAUACAUACCCAUGCCCUGUGUAAGGAGCUGCUAAAAGACUUUAGAGGAAGGUUGAAAUGAACUGUUAUUCCUCUGCUGCUGCCAAGAGUCACGCAGGUACAGCUGUCACUAUGAGAAACAAUCAAUAAACAGUAUUCAAUGCAUAAAGGAAAAUGUUCAGUAUUGUUACCCAUACUUUUCUGUUAGUGCAGUAGUGUUUGUGCAGUAGACAUGCCCAGUGUUGCAAUAGAAAAAAAGAAAAAAAAAGAUCGUUAUGGGAGGAUCUUUGUAAAUAUUUGUGUAUUCUUCUCCCCGAGUGGCAUGAUUAACUGUAAAUCUGUAUAAAUGUUUUAUUUAUUGUAAAUAUAUUUAAUUUAAAGUUCACCUUGGUUCUUAUUGGGUUUGUUGCUUGGAUACAUUUAUUACAGGUGAAGGUAAAUGAAGUGCCUUUUACAAGAGCUCUGGUUCUGGUCUUUUUGGAGGUCAAUAAAUUUGUGGAAUUUAUGUUAAACCAU